AAGAACUUCUUAUAUAAGACAGUAGUUCACGAGAAAAAAGAUAUAACUGUUCCAGAUUUGUGUCUACAAAGCUCUCUUCUCUUAACAAGGUCCACCAGGAAAGGACAUUGCAAGCUGACAUCUUUGUGAAGAUUGUACAGGGUACAGAGAGAGCAGCAGCUUCCCCAUGGCUUGUCUGCUGAUGACGGUGGCUGUUGCUGCUGUGUCGCUGCUGGCGGUGCAGGGCACAUUCCAAACUGACAUCCUGGGAGAUUUGAACCGUGCCAGACAGGGCGAGCAUGUCAACAAACCGCUGACCUGGAGCGCCCCCCUGGCGACACAGUCCAAAAACUGGGCCUCUCAGUGCAAGUUCCAGCACUCGGGUCUCGCCGGCGCCUCUGAGAUCAUCUUCAUGACAUUCACCACCGGCGUCACCGCCACCAAAGUCGCCACCGACAGCCUGCACGCGUGGAUGAGUGAGAAGGCGCAGCCGGGCUGUACGUGCUCCAACCUCUCCACCUGUGGCCACUACUGCAUUAUAAUCAACUCCAAGAACGUGAAGGUUGGGUGCGCCAUGCAGAAGUGUGCAAACAUCAAUGGACACCCUGCUACCCUUGUCGUCUGCCGCCUGUCAGGUUAACACAAUAAACCUUAACCAGGCGUAUAAGGUUCUUGAGGUGCAUAAGCUAAGUAUGAAGUUGUACACAAAUCCUAUCGCGCCUCUUUAGGACAAGGGAAUCGUCGUAAUCGUGGUGUGUCGUUAUGUGGGUUUGUUUGUUUGUACGCUACGCUUAGAUAGAUGUAUAGUUGUAUACAAUGGUUUGUCAGCAGAAGAAGAAUUUCUGUACUGAGCUAUGCCUUGUAUAGACAAUAAAGAUU